AUGCUAUCAGGUAUUUGUGCAUUGACUUUUCUAUCACCAGAUUUAAUUUAAUUGUCAUCCUUACACAAGAUUUUGUGAUAUUUUGUGUUCACCAGGUAAACAGCUAUACAACAUUGGUAUAAAGCCUACAACAGGCAAUGCAUCACUCUGGAGACUGAAAUAUGUCAUUGAGGAAACUAGCAAUGCGAAACUGGCUGCUAAAGACAUUGCCCGCUUAAAAAUUAAAGAAAGUAUUCGCCACCUCACUGACAAAGAACAGGAAUUGCAGAAAGCAUUGCAAAAUCCCUUGUUAUCAGAUGUCAAUAACAAGAGGAUUGAAGAAGAGCUGUCUGCAGUUCAUAAAAGGUAUCGUCAAAAACUUCAGCUACAAUCAAAUGAAGAUUCAUUGGCAUUUGUGUCCAUGGUCUCGAGAAUUGCACAAACUCUUAUUGAAGAAAACAGACUCAAAGCAAGGGCGCAGGGUGCAGGGCGAUCCACUCUGCUUGAUGAAGACACUAUGGAACUUGUGGUUAAAACCCUAGAAAGUGACAGUAGUGCAGAAUGA